CGGCGCACAUCCGGUAAAGUCACGCCUUCAAAGUAAAAUCCCUUCAUUACAAUAACACGAUCGCGCCAAAUUAGCAGACGAUAAUUAUAUUACAAAAUUGUGGUGCUUUCUGUAAUUUUCCGGGAAAUUACUUUUAUUUACAAAUGGAACCAUUAACUGCGAAACAUCCGGAAGAUGAAAUGCCAUGAAUUGUUUUACUGCCGUAAAUCGGCCACGGAAGACGGAAAAAGGAAGUUAGCAAGCUAUUGUCGAGCAGAACGUCCGAGCGAUGUCUGUUUACAAAACUGACGGCGUUGCAUUCAUUACUGCUUGUCUUUUAUCUUCGAUAUAUUUCUAAGCUUACCGAAAGCCUACGAAGUAAAAUCACCUCCGUGUCAAGUACCUUAGAUUAAUUUAUGUGACAGCAAGAGAGCAGACCGCUGCCUGUUAGCAUCACACGGCUAGCGUAGCGCGCAGCUAGCGGUAUUUUUUUAAUGGUGUGAAAAUGUGCAAAAUCCAAAAAUUGAAAGCGUUGGUGAGGCAGCGACUAAAUGCCGCAGUGGACGAAAUAUUAGUUGUGUUUGAAAGAACCAUAGAGGAGUACGACGAGGAACUUUCUCGAACCAAAGAGGAGAACGAGCGACAGCGCCAACUGCUGGACAAUGUCCUCCACAGCCAAGACAUCCAGCCGGUAUCGGCGGAGAAGCCGCAGCCCCCCCACAUUAAAGAGGAAGAGGAGGAAGUGCAGGAGGCCGACGUCGCCAAGUUCACAUUGACCGGCGUCCCCGUGAAGAACGAGGAGGAGGAGGAAGCUCACUCCCCGCAGCCGCAUGACAACAGAGCGGCGCAGCUUCCGACCGCACACGCGACAGCAGAAGCCGGCGGCGGAUCACAAACGGACGACAUUCGCGCCGCUCGAGAACCCUCGGAGAGCGGCGGGGACUCGAACAAACACGCGACGUGCUCCGAAUGCGGGAAAACAUUCGGUCACCGGGGUCAUUUGACAGUCCACAUGAGGACGCACACCGGGGAGAAACCUUUCCCUUGCUCCGUUUGCGGGAAAAGAUUCAGCAGGAAGUCGGACGUGAAGUCGCACAUGGCGACGCACGCCGGCGAGCAUCCUUUGAAAUGUUCCGUGUGCGCUAAAACGUUCCCGGCGCAGAAGUAUUUGAGCCUUCACAUGAGGCGCCACGUCGCGGAGAAACCGUUAGCUAAAAUAUUUGCAACAAAAGCCGAAAUGGAAAGCUACAUGAGUACGGAAGCGGGCGGAGGAUCAAACUCGGCGCCGCUCUCGGACGCGGACGAUGCGGCGUCGCGCUCCUCGGAGACCGACCGCAGCGACAAAGAACCGCCGAAGGACUCGGAAGGCGAGACGGGCGGCAAGCGCUUCACGUGCGCCCAGUGCGGGAAGACGUUUGUCCGCAAGGGCGGUUUGACCCGUCACCUGAGGACGCACACCGGCGAGAAACCUUUCAGCUGCUCCGUUUGCGCCAAGAGAUUCCCCACCAGGUCCAACAUGAAGGUUCACAUGGCGCUACACACCAACGAGAAACCUUUCAAGUGUUUGAUUUGUGCCAAAAGAUUCCCGCUGAGGAUCUAUUUAGUCAAACACAUGAUAAGACACUCCACGGAAAAACCCUUUCAUUGCCCGUUUUGCGCAAAAAGAUUUGCCACGAAAGCCGAAGUGGAACGACACGUGGCGAUCCACACUGGCGACAGACCCUUCACGUGUUCCGUGUGCUCCAAAGGCUUCCUGAACAAGGGCGACAUGGUCGUCCACAUGAGGAGACACACCGGGGAGAAACCUUUCAGCUGCAACUCCUGCGACAAAAGCUUCAUUAGCAAGGGCCUGCUUAAAAGACACAAAUGCCCCGGCGACGUCCAGCGGGUCCUGGUGGGAAACGAAGAAGACGCUUUCUCCGAGGAGAACGUGUGGAGAUCCGGCGUGGGGGCGGAGGAGCCACAGCCUCAGAUUAAAGAGGAAGUGGACGAUCUGGAGGAGGCCGACGUCAGCACCUUCACUUUGACUGGCGUGCCCGUGAAGAACGAAGAGGAAGAAGCUCGGUCCGCGGGGCUUCCGAUUGGACGCAUGACGGCAGAAUCCGGCGCGGGAGCACAAACCGAAAGCAACUCGGCGCCGCUGUCGGACGCCGACAACGCGACGUCACUCUCUCCCGAGACUGAUCACAGCGACAACGCUAAACACCCGAGCAAGAAGGACCCUCGAUGUGACGCGGGACAUCACGCCGCUGACAACGAACGUGUGGAAUGUUCCGAAUGCGAGCGAACGUUUGUCCACAAGGGGGACCUGAAAAGACACAUGAGAACGCACACCGGCGAGAAACCGUUUGCCUGCACAGUCUGCUCGAAAAGAUUCGCCCGAAAGUCAGACAUGAAGAUACACGUGGUGACUCACAUGGAAGAGAAACCCUUCCACUGUUCGACUUGCUCCAAAAGAUUCCCGUCGGAGAAAUCCCUCAUGACGCACACGAGGCGGCACACCGCGGGGAAACACUUUGCUUGCUCCUUCUGCGCCAAACGAUUCAUUACCAAAACGGAACUGGAAACGCACAGACGAACGCACACCGGGGAGAAACCGUUUUCCUGUUCCGUGUGCGCCAAGAGGUUCUCGCUGAAGGGGGACAUGGUGAGACACAUGCGGACGCACACCGGGGAGAAACGAUUCCCUUGCUCCGUGUGCAUGAAAAGCUUCUCCCGGAAGGAGGACAUGAGGAUACACAUGAGAACGCACACUGGAGAGAAACCGUUUGGUUGCAACGUGUGCGAUAAAAGAUUCGCUUACCGGAAGCAGAUUAAGAAACACAAAUGCGUCGGCGACGCCGCCUCGGCGAAUCACGCCGCGGGAUUGGCCGGCUUUCAGACGACUUCGUCCACAUGACGGAGGUCAACACCAACAUGGAUGCUCGCUAGUCGCCAGGGCUGGUUUACACAUGAAUGACUUGCGGGCCGCAAGUUGGACACCCAAGCCAUUGCUAAUAAAAGCCAGCUAAUCUCCGAGUGUGUUUAAUGUGUUUUUAUUGGAAAGAACGUGAGAUGAUUAAAUAUGUUGCCAUGUGA